AAUGAUUUCUGCUCAGUUAAAGUUUGUAUUUUUUGUAAUUUCCUAAAAGUCACACUAAUGUGAUAAUGCAUACUUUGGUAUUGAUCCAAUUCUAAGUAAAUACAGGGCAAGUAUCACUUGAUACUGAUACCAAUACCAAUCCCUAUACCAAUACCAACAUCAAUAUCUAUACCUAUACCUAUGCUUAUUUAACAUCAAACUCAUAAUACUAAUUUUGUGGAGUUAUGUGCUGAGGAGUAUAUGUGAUUGAUAACAUUAUUGAUUUAUGUGCAACAUUGGCACAUAAUAAUCUGUGCCCAUUAAUUGGUCGCAUUGAUGGGUGAAGGAAACAAGCAGAAGAAGAUCUAAUUGAAUUCUUUAUUUUCAAGGCCGUGGUUAUGGAUAAAUGUGUAAGUGCUUUUUUUUAUUUGCUCAUAUUUUUAUAUUUUGCUACAGGUUUCAGCUGGCAAUUAGUAAAUUAUCAUGUCCCUUUUUUAACAUAGUUAAAAACUUGUUUGAAAACAUUGUACUUGGAUUGAAGAAUCAAAACAGUUUUAUUGUCAAAAGAAUAGUAAUAUAAAUAUAAAUAUUUAAUACUAGAUUUUGUACAAGAAAAUGCAACUGCAACUAAAGGAACGAUGUGAAGGGAAGAAAUCUAGUGCCCUUUAUGCUUUGUAUUAAAAUUGACAAGAAUGUCCCCUUGUCCACUGCAGAAUGUAAAAAUGAUCUGUCAAGUCUUUGCGACGAUCGCGCCAUCUUCUGGCCAACAUUAGAAGCGUCAGUAUCAGGGAUGGGAAUUUCGGCACGGUGCCAGGAUCCGCACCAUUUACCUCCACUCACAGACUAAGUCUGUUCUAAAUAAAUAUAUAAAGAAAGACGUCUCAAACAAUAUAAAACAUAAAAUAAUCAUGAAUAAUCACCACUGUAGACACUUGUCACACAGACAGUCUAAAACAUUUUGCCAUUGAUUUUUUUCUUCCCACACCUUGUUGCAUUAUUUCUGUUCUAAUCAAAUUAAAAGUUUGACAAAGCUUUCAACUUAGCACUCAGGCAUUUAGGUAAAUGUUUUUAAACACUAAUUGUAACAUCAACAUCAAAGCCAAAAAGGGAAAUAAAAAAAAAAUAAUUAUGACUUUGUAUCUCAUAUCACCUCGAAACUCAAAACUGGACUUUAUAUUUUACAAUUAUGUAUCUGAAUGCCACAAUUAGGAUUUUAGAUAAUCAUUAUGACCUUAACUGUGACAUUUCUGUCUCUCAAAUGACUGAAAACCUCAAUCAUGGAACACGCAACCAUUGUCAAAUAAAAAAUAAUUAAUAAAAUGAAACUAGACUGGUGUCUGAUCUCUUCGUUCAGUCCGCUAAAUGAACCGGCACACUGAGCCGGAUCAGUCGCACCGGACGCAUUUCUACUCAAUGUGACUACAUUAACUCGUCACACAUACGUGUCAGUGUCACUAAUUCUGAAAGCUGCCAAGCCAUUUUAUGUGAUAAUCAUAAAAUCUAAUUCGGGAUAAUUAGUUUUUAACAUAUUACUUAAUAACAAUUGAACCCGUAUUUAUCAACUCUUAAUUCGUCCAAACAGAUCAUGGUUUCGAAAAUUGUCUUCCUCUGUAGCGGCACACCGUGUUGUGAACUGAUAGUGCGCGCGCGUGCUUGUGUGGUUUGUGCCAGUGAGCGCGCGCGCGUCUCUCUUCUGUGUGUGUGUUCCGUUAUUUUCCGGGUUGUGCUCAGUCAGUCAGGCAGGGUCUGUGGUGGUUGUAGCGCUACAGCUGCCAGCUGACACUUCCACCGAGGAGGAGCUGAGGUCAAACUUGGCCGUCUCUGUUUCUCUGUCUGUGACCGAGGCGGCAUCACCACCACCAUCAUCAUCAUGGCGGAUCAAGGCGAAUCUCUGGUUCCCGUCCACCAUCCACAACCUACCAUCAGCUGGCCAAUUACCAGGGAGUCCUACGAGCUGCAGGAAGUCAUAGGCAGCGGGGCCACAGCUGUGGUGCAGGCGGCCCUCUGUACCCCCAGACAGGAGCGCGUGGCCAUAAAGAGGAUCAACCUGGAAAAAUGCCAGACCAGCAUGGAUGAGCUGUUGAAAGAAAUUCAAGUCAUGAGUCAGUGCAGCCACCCAAACAUCGUCACCUACUACACUUCCUUUGUUGUGAAGGAUGAACUUUGGUUGGUGAUGAAGCUCCUGAGUGGAGGCUCCAUGCUGGAUAUAAUUAAACAUGCGAGCAAAGAAGAGGAUAAAAAUCUUCGAGCAUUAGAUGAGCCAAUUAUUGCCACAAUAUUAAAAGAAGUUCUAGAGGGCCUGGACUAUCUCCACAGAAACGGACAGAUUCACAGGGAUGUGAAAGCUGGGAACAUCCUACUGGGAGAAGAUGGAUCUGUUCUGAUUGCAGAUUUUGGUGUAAGCGCAUUUUUAGCUGCGGGGGGCGACAUGACGAGGCACAAAGUUCGAAAGACUUUUGUUGGAACGCCGUGCUGGAUGGCUCCAGAGGUGAUGGAGCAGGUUCGAGGCUAUGAUUUCAAAGCAGAUAUAUGGAGUUUUGGAAUUACAGCGAUAGAGUUAGCAACAGGUUCUGCACCCUAUCACCGAUACCCUCCAAUGAAGGUUUUAAUGCUUACCCUACAGAAUGAUCCGCCCACUCUGGAGAUGGGUGUUGAGGACAAGGAAAUGCUCAAAAAAUAUGGAAAAUCAUUUCGAAAGCUUAUAACUACGUGCCUUCAGAAAGACCCUGCAAAAAGGCCUACAGCAGCUGAGCUUUUGAAGUGUAAAUUCAUACAAAAGGCAAAGAACAGAGAAUAUCUUGUUGAAAAGCUUUUGAGUCGUGCACCAAAGAUAUCUCAGAGAGCAAAGAAGGUGAGGAGAGUCCCAGGCUCCAGUGGCCACCUGCACAAGACGGUAGACGGGGACUGGGAGUGGAGCGACGACGAACUGGAUGAGGGCAGUGAGGAGGGUAAAGCAGCGGUGAAUCAGGGCAGGUCACGAAGGGUCAAAUAUGAGGCCAAAGACAAUGAGGAAGAUGCCAACAAUAUCCCUAUAGAAGGCUUGUCUGUACAGCAUCCCCAGGUAUUUUCGAUGCAGGUGGAACCAUAUGAGAAUACACCCUUCAUUCAAGGUGCUGUGAACAUGGUACUGCGGCUACGGAACUCCAAAAAGGAGCUGAAUGACAUUCGGUUUGAGUUCACCCCUGGGCGAGACACUGCUGAUGGCGUCUCCCAGGAGCUUUACUCAGCCGGUCUGGUCAAUGGGCUCGAUGUCUUAAUUGUUGCUGCUAACCUUCAAAAGAUUGUAGAUGACCCAAUUACCUAUAAAGUGUUGACCUUUAAGCUGGCUUCAGGAUGUGAUGACACAGAGAUCCCAGAUGAGGUGAAGUUGAUCGGCUUUGCGCAGUUAAGUGUUAGCUGAUGUUCCCUUCAUCUUUGAAGCAGAUGAGGCAGGGAAGACAGUUCAGGGCAGACAGACUGAGGAACACACCCUGACCACCACCAUCACUUCUUGCUAUAUCUUUUUCAACUCCCUCCCAGAAAAGCCCUUCUUUGUCUUCCGUCCUUCACUCUUUUUGACUUUCCCAAAGCUCUGCCGUCGCUUUACCACCACCUCUGUAGCGUCGACUUCCCUGCUCGCUGUCCGUCGACCUCUAACCUUAACAUUCCAGCACCCAGCGCACAGAACAGUACCAGGAUACAGCCCAGGAACCAAAAGAUGUACUCAGGUGGUGAAAGAAGGUGAUAAAUAUGUAGCUUUUGAAUGUUUUAGUUAUUUUCUCACCUCCUUUCUUUAAUUUGCACUGCAUUACUGUUACUUUCAGCAAAAAUCAAAACAAUUAUUUAUUGAAAUAAGAAGAUAUUUUCAAUUUUAUUUUUGUGCCACAUUGUUUUUGUUCCCACUGUGAAAAUAAAUUUCCUCCCACACUUAAUGACUUAUGAAAACUCCUUGGGGUUCGUGUCAGAAUGUAAGAAUCGGUAAACAUGUAGAUAUAAGCACAUUUUUUAUAACAACACGAUGAAUGUUUCAAAAUAAAACGCCCAGAACGAAUUGUUUUAUGUGUUCAGACCUGCUUAACUAAAAAUGGAAGCGUUUGGUUGAGUGUGCCGAAAUAAACGAGACCUGGAUGUUACUGUGUUUACUUUGCUGCUCUCAACAAUGUUAACGCUUCAGAAAAUGCUCGAGGUGCCUUGUUCAUUUUUCCGUGCCUAAGAAAGUUGUCAGUGAGUGAGACGACACUGAGAGCAGAACUUGCUGAUUGUCACUUCAUCAACGCAUUCCCUGCAAUGAAUCGGUGUGCAGUCUCAGCCCGAAGAGGGAAGACGAAAUGCACUUUUGUGUUGAGAUGCGCAGCCAACAAACUGACUCUUAAUUUACGUGCUUUCAGACAAAUAAAACCUGGUGGAACCUGCAGUUGUGUACUCUUGCUCUAAUCGGUUUCUAUCCGAUGCCACAAUCCAAAACUGGGAUUUUUUUGUUUUGUUUUGUUUUGUUUUGUUUUGUUUUGUUUGAAUAAGUGAAGUAGCUACCUAAUUGUACUGUAUGACAUCGAAAAAAUGGAACCAAACAGCGUCUGCUGAGUGUGAAGAGCCGUUUGUUUGUCCAAACAAGUCCAGUAGCACUAAAUCAUACUAGGUAUAAAAGUGUUAAAUAAAACUCCUCUAAAAACUUUUAUUUUCUGAAGUAAAUUAUUGUUUGUUUUUUAUGUACACUGUGCAUCAUUUCAACAUAUUAUCCAUUUCCCUUCUCUGUAAUCAGCUAAUGUCAAAUUUCUGAUGAGAAGCAACAAAUAAAGAAUAUUUAAGAAA